ACAGGAGAGAAACCGUAUCACUGCUCAGACUGUGGAAAGAGUUUUACUCAACAGAGUAAUCUCAAACUGCAUCAGCGCAUUCACACAGGAGAGAAACCGUAUCACUGCUCAGACUGUGGGAAGAGUUUUAAUCAACAGAUUCAUCUCAAAAUACACCAGCGCAUUCACACAGGAGAGAAACCGUAUUACUGCUCAGACUGUGGGAUGAGUUUUAGUAGACUAGGGAAUCUAAAACUGCACCAGCGCAUUCACACAGGAGAGAAACCGUAUUACUGCUCAGAAUGUGGGAAGAGUUUUAGUAGACUAGGGAAUCUAAAACUGCAUCAGCGCAUUCACACAGGAGAGAAACCUUAUCACUGCUCAGACUGUGGAAAGAGUUUUAAUCAACAAAGUACUCUCCAAAUACACCAGCGCAUUCACACAGGAGAGAAACCGUAUCACUGCUCAGACUGUGGAAAGAGUUUUAAUCAACAAAGUACUCUCCAAAUACACCAGCGCAUUCACACAGGAGAGAAACCGUAUUACUGCUCAGACUGUGGGAGGAAUUUUAAUUAUCAGAGUAAUCUCAAAAUACACCAGCGCAUUCACACAGGAGAGAAACCGUAUCACUGCUCAGACUGUGGGAAGAGUUUUACUGAACAGAGUACUCUCAAUAAUCACCAGCGCAUUCACACAGGAGAGAAACCGUAUCACUGCUCAGACUGUGGGAAGAGUUUUAAUCAUCACAGUCAUCUCAAAAAACACCAGCGCAUUCACACAGGAGAGAAACCAUAUUACUGCUCAGACUGUGGGAAGAGUUAUACUCGACAGAGUGAUCUCAAAAUACACCAGCGUAUUCACACAAGAGAGAAAACUAUCCCAAAUUUGUUCCACGGCAAUUAAAAGUGCAAACACCUUAUCCUACACAAAUGUUUCACUUUGUCACUUGGGACACGUUCCACCAGAAACAAACAUGAACUGAAUUUAACAAUGGAUUUUACAGUUUCAGCAAAAUGAAUCUUAUCCAGGGAUGAUGUUUAUUGAUAUUACUCAAGUUAAU